UGCCAACAACUACUAAUGUCAUUCUUCGGAUUGAUUUCUGAUUCAGUCGAUGAGUUUCUCUCGCUUCCGCGCGUUGAUUUUCUCUGUUUCCGCGGUUUCACCUCGAUUUCAUCGUCGGCUGCGUUCUUCCAACUUUUAAAAUCAUCGGUGCGCUUCGUGAGUGCUUUUGUUUUGUCUGGAAGUAUUAAAAAAACAGCUAUAAAGUGGCGCCGUUCUCUAACCAUUUGGAUUCCCUUGUGGAAUUUAAGGCACUUUCUGUAGGACCCAGCACCAUACCAUCUCCGUGGACUCCAGUUAAUGCCGGUCCUUCAGGAACAGUUGGAUCGGCAGAAACAAAUGGCAGCAUGGUGGAUAGUAAAAAUCUGGAUGUUGGGGAUAUGAGCGAUGAUGAAAAGGACCUAUCCUCCGCUGAUGCCGAAGGUGUAUGGAGCCCUGAUAUUGAACAGAGCUUUCAAGAGGCCCUAUCCAUAUAUCCUCCAUGUGGGCGCAGAAAAAUUAUUUUAUCUGACGAGGGUAAAAUGUAUGGUCGGAACGAACUGAUUGCGCGUUAUAUAAAACUACGCACAGGUAAAACGAGAACCAGAAAACAAGUCAGUUCACACAUCCAAGUGCUAGCAAGGCGAAAACUGAGAGAGAUCCAAGCAAAAAUCAAAGUUCAAUUCUGGCAACCGGGACUACAGCCGAGUACAUCGCAAGAUUUGUAUGAUUACAGUAUCAAACCAUUCGCGCAACCACCUUAUUCGGCCGGAAAGCCGUCGACUACAGUAUCGGGCGACAUUGACGCAGGUAUCCUGCCCGCACAAUUGCCUUGGGAAGGAAGAGCAAUUGCUACCCACAAAUUUAGAUUACUUGAGUUUACGGCAUUCAUGGAAAUCCAAAGAGAUGAUAUGUAUAACCGUCACCUGUUCGUACAACUAGGCGGUAAGCCUUCAUUUUCCGAUCCAUUGCUUGAAACUGUCGACAUUCGUCAAAUAUUUGAUAAAUUUCCGGAAAAAUCUGGCGGUCUUAAAGAUUUGUAUGAAAAGGGGCCCCAGAAUGCAUUUUAUCUGGUUAAAUGCUGGGCAGACUUAAACACCGACAUAACUACCGGGAGCGAUUCUGGAGAUUUCUAUGGCGUAACUAGCCAAUAUGAGAGUAAUGAGAACGUAGUGCUCGUAUGCUCAACAAUCGUUUGCUCAUUCGGCAAACAGGUAGUGGAGAAGGUGGAAAGCGAAUAUUCUCGGUUAGAAAAUAAUCGUUAUGUCUAUCGAAUCCAGCGCUCCCCAAUGUGCGAGUAUAUGAUCAAUUUUAUACAAAAGUUAAAAAACUUACCUGAACGCUAUAUGAUGAAUAGCGUAUUAGAAAAUUUUACAAUAUUACAAGUGAUGCGAGCUCGUGAAACCCAGGAGACACUUUUGUGCAUAGCGUAUGUUUUUGAGGUUGCUGCUCAGAACAGCGGUACCACUCAUCACAUCUAUCGUCUCAUUAAGGAAUAGCCAAAAUUCCAUAGAUCGGAGCUCGAUCUUUCGGUGAACCCCACCAAUGCACAAGCCACUAAAUAUAAUAUCAACAGCUUUUGUAAUAAUUACAAUGAUAGCGUUAUUAAAACAAGUACUGGCCAUAAAAAUAUCAAUACAAUUACAAAUCAAGUCAGUAUCGUCCAUUCUACCCAUGCCAACAACAAGAACGAAUUCAGCCCUAAAUUGUGCAGCUCUCAUACAAAGAAAAAUAGUCACGAAAACAUAUUGAAAUGCAAAAACGACACAAAUAUUAGAAAUUCUUCUGUUAAUACAUCUAAUAUCAAGCAAUCUCCCUCCUCACCACAGCAGAAUCAACAGCGUUUGCAACAUCCAAAAGUAGAUUUUAAUGUUGCACACCAAGUAGAGGACGUUCCAUAUGCCGAAAGGCAAAUAGAUGGCAACUAUCCGUUUCAGGCGUCUUCACGUCUGUCGCCGAAUAUACAGAUGGAACCAGAUGAAAAUAACCGGGGGCAGCAGCCGCAAAUUCAAGAGCCACAUCUGCAGCAUGUAGUUUAUCAGAUUCGAACAGCUCCUCCAGCAUUUCAAUCAUACAUUAAUAACAAGCAGCAACCGUAUGAACCCGAACAGCAGGUUCAAUCGCAACUUAGCACUUAUGAACCGUUUAUAAAAUUUUCUGCGCAUGAUUAUGAAGUCUCUGAAACCGAGACAGCGGCGCUGAAUCUUAGCAGCAUUGAUGGAAGGAAUACACUUAUUAACGACAAGGAGCUACAUGAAAACCAGCAAGUGUCGAAUUUACUUCAUCAGGUCAAUGUAACCGCGGCAAUGGCAGUUGUCGUCACCAUGGAUGAUGGCGGUAACAAAGAUCGGGAGCCAUAAUCCGUUACCCCGUGGUCGAUAUACUAAACGUGACAAUAAAGAAAUAAAACAAGUUUAAGGAAAUAAUGGUAUUUAGAGAUGGAAUCUGAUCUUUCUCAAUAAAGAGGUUUCGUUGUUAUAAAUUGACUAAAUAACAUCUGAUACAGCGCUGGGUGUCAUUAUUAAAAUUUUAAUAUAUAUAUAUGAUAAAAAAUAUAUGAUCUCAAUGUUACUUAAAUCCUAUUUUUCUGAGUAAAUUUGUAAUAAAACGGUAACCGUAUGAAACAUGAAAACGGUAGACGCUACUUUAAAAAAAAACAUGAAAUGAGUUUGAAAACAUAAUAAAUUGACACUGCAAGAGAUAAACUAACAAUUUUUUUCUGUAUUUACUACUAUGAAAGUGCAGUGCUUUUUUUUUUGUUUUUUUUAUAUUAUUCUCUUCUAUUAUUCAAUGAAAAACUAUGCGGCAUAAUUAAAUGAGACUCUAAUAACAUGUAAUUAAUUGAAGAGGCAGCAAUUAGUAUUGUUUUUUUAACACUUUCAAAAGUGAAGUGAAAAUAAUAAGGAGCAAUAAAACGCGCUGACAUUAAAAAUGUAGAAACUUUUCCAUCUUGAAAUGGAAAUUAGAUUAGAUAUUCAUUCUAUAUUUACACAUAAUGUAACGUAUAUAUUUAAAUGAAAUUAUAAGACCUUAAAUCUAAGUAUAAUUUUUUUUAUAAGCACAGCACUUCAACAAAGUAUGAGUCGAACGAUCCACCGUUAUUUAAAUUAGUAGCUUUCAUUUUAAUUUAUGUUUAUGAAUAUCUUUUAGGAUAUUAACAAAAUCGGAAUGUAUAAAGCCAUCUCUGCAUCCACCGAAGGCAAGCUCAAAAAUAUCUAAGAGCUGCGCCAUGUCACAUAAUAAAUAGUUAAGUAAAUUAAAUAAAUAAGUGCUAAUAUUAAUAAGUAUAUAUUUAUAUACAAAAACAUAUAUAUAUAAAGGUAUAAAAUGUUUUUAUUUGGAAUGGAAAAUAUUACAUAUUCACUUUUAUGGUAAAAUGUAAAGUAUUUUGUAGUUUUACAAUUAUAAAAAACAGCAUUUUAUAUUAUCUACAUAGAAUUAAAUGUUAAAGGACCUCUAAAUAAAAUAUGAAACCAACAAUUAGUUACAAUAAA